AUGCCGGCGCCUUUUCGCAGGUCCUGUACUAAUUGCGCCAAAUCGAAGCGACGGUGCAAUCUGAGACGACCCCGCUGCUUUCGAUGCCAAGUGCGCUCGUUGGAGUGCAAUUAUCAAUCACCGCCACCGACUGCUUCGUCUGCAGCUGCAGCAGCUCAGAAUUCACCGCAAUAUGCCGUCUUCGACAGCACGGCCCCAGAAGUCAACCCGCAGGGGAGUUUGCCUCCUAUCGAGUUGGACAUUUCGCUAGCUACCUUUCCCGACUACGACCUGGAUUGGGCGGAUGUCAUGAGUAACAUAGACGAUUAUAUGGUCCCCGACGACCUGAGACCAGCGUAUUCGCCUUCUACGAGUGUUGUUCCCGGGGAUAUCUACCAGGAGCGCGUCAUAUAUCUAGUUAAAAGAUUUAAAUCGUACCUGAAUAUUUUCGUUACGCGAGGGUCAACGGCGUUUGUUCAUUGCAAAUUGUUUUCGGAAUACACGCCCACCGCUAUUGAGGAUGUUCUCGGAAUCUGUGCAUUUUAUGGCCAUAAAAACAAGGACAACGAAUAUCUCAUAUUCCGAUCAAUAAGUCAAAAAGUAUUGUCUCUUGUCCGACUUUUCGAUCCACAGAGGCUUUCAGUUCUUGAUCAACUGGCAUCCGUGCAAGCGUUGAUCUUCUAUCAAAUUAUUAGACUGUUCGAUGGAGAUAUCCGCCAGCGAGCUGACGCUGAACGAACCGACCGUGUUCUAUGGGAAUGGACGCAACAAUUGAAAGUCGGUCUGACCCAGUCCAGCAUGUUACAAGGAACAAAUGAUACAGACCCAAGAAAUUACACUUGGCGUGCCUGGAUCCAGGCUGAAAGUCUCCGACGAACGAUCCUUGUGAGUCUCCUAUUACAAGGCCUCUAUUCUUACCUCAAACACGGGUGGAACAAAGUCCAUUUUGAGAUCAAAGAGCUCUCCUUCUGCGGUCAGCGAGCACUGUGGGAGGCGCGUUCUGAAUACUCGUGGAAGACAGCACUCGGCGGAUACUCUCCACUAUUUCUCAAUCUCAGCACUUGGGAUGCGGACAUGCAAAAUGCGAAGCCGUCCGACGUGGAUGAUCUGGCGGUCUUAAUGAUGACAGUGACGAACGGGGUUGAUAAAACGUGUGAUUGGCUCGGCGAAGAGUACAUAGAAACAUUUGAUCUUCAAAGAUAA